UGGUCGGCUCCAGUCCGCACGCACGCCCGUUGCCACGGCAACCGGCUUGACAAUAGCUCCACAAACAGACAGAUCAGAGGUUUCUUUUCAAUUGUGUUGCUUCAGGCGUUUCCAGGUAACAGCAACGCGGACUCUGUGGUCCAGUACAAACUUGACCAGCCAGUGAUCGCCCGCUACCUUCGCCUGAUCCCACUGGACUGGAACCCCACCGGGCGGAUCGGGCUCAGGCUGGAAAUAUACGGCUGCAGAUACACCUCUGAGGUGGCAGGUUUUGAUGGGAAAAGCAGCCUUGUCUACAGACUGAGUGCCAGAACGAGCUGGACAGCGAGGGAGAGCAUCUCCCUGAAGUUUAAAACCCUGAGGAAUUCAGGAACACUGCUUCACGCGAAGGGACAGAGGGACCACAGCCUCAACCUGGCGCUGGAGCGAGGAAAGCUGCUGCUCCACCACCAGCAAGAUGUGAGUUCGGGUUCUGGGGGCAAACUUCUGGUUUCUCUCGGGAGUCUGCUGGACGACCAGCACUGGCAUCAUGUGAAGCUGGAGCGGCUCGGCUCUCACCUCAACCUGACGGUGGAUAAAACCACGCAGCAGGUCCUCGUCCCCGCCGAGCUCAGCCGCUGGCACAUUCACACGCUCAGUGUGGCAGCGGUCCAGAGCCACGGACUCCAAACUCCAAUCCUGCCCAACAGGAACUUCCAUGGAUGCCUGGAAAACCUUUUAUACAGCGAGCUGAAUCUGAUCAAACUGGCCAAACAGGGCAGCCCGCAGGUCGUUGCACUGGUGAGUCGGUUUAACAUCAGUUUAAUCCUCUGUUUACAUGUGGCUGCACUCCCAUGAUAAUACUUUAUUAUGAUUUCCUGUUUAGAAAUGACCUGA